AUGACAGAACAAAAGAGCAAAGGGCACGGACCUGUUGGUGCGAUUCAGUACGAUUUACGCGAGCUCACGAGCUCAGAGGAAGAUAUCCAACAAGCUUGGCAGUUGUGGCACAUCAUCUUCCCAGACUGGCCCAUUGAGCAAGAGCGGUUCGCAGGGCUUCUGUUUGGCUUAAAGGGCCAGCACUGGAUUCACGAGCAUGGGUUCUGCCUGUCAUACUAUUCCAAGAGCGGGAACUCCGGAAACAUCGCGGCCAUCGGAGUCUUACCCGAAUACCGUCAUAAAGGACUCGGCAAUGCGCUUCUAGAAAAAGGAAAGGCUGGACUGAAAGACGCAGCGAAGGUCGCAGGUCAGGAGUUGAACUCUUUAGCGAUGGGGUCCAUAUUCCCGAGGUUUUGGUACCGAGUGCCAACCAGUAUCGUACCCGAAGCAAAAGAGUUCCUCUCUCAUAGAGGCACAUACGAAACUACUGAUACUGUUCGAGACCUUUACAAGGACAUCCAGGCCGAGAUCGCACCGCCUGAGGCAAUGGAGCGAGUCUCAAAGACAAAUAUCAAAUUCACUCCAUGGUCGCCAGAACUGUACGAGGAAUGCAUGGCCAAACAAAACGAGCUAUUCACCUGGGGCGGCAUUUACAGAGCCCUCGCAGCACGAGGCCAACAUCACGAAGUAAUGGUCGCCAUUGACCCCGACACCAACAAGCAGAUUGGCUGGACCCUCAUGUGCUCUUUUGGGUCUUCAGCCGGCGAUUUCUUCGCAUUUCUUCCUCUUCUUCCUUCUGGGGAAAAGACUGGUCUCAUCGCUGCGGUCGGAGUCGAUGAGGCUGAGAGAGGAAAGGGCGUCGGUUUAGCACUCGUUGUCAAAGCGAUGGAGAAUCUGAAACAGAGAGGCAUGAAGGGAAUUUUCAUUGAUGCUGUUGCUAUACGGGGGUUCUAUGAAAAGCUAGGCUUUGAGACGCAGUGGGAGUAUGACGCGUGUAAUUUUGACCUGGCUAAAUCAGGUGUUGAGGCCUGA